AUGGCCCCUACUACCAAGCAAGGCAAUGCCUCCCGGGCUAACGCUGCCGCCAAGGCAGUCGUUAAGGGCUCUUCCCUCCACAAGGCCCGCAAGGUCCGCACCUCGACCACCUUCCACCGCCCCAAGACCCUGCAGCUCUCGCGGUCCCCCAAGUACCCCCGUGUCUCGGUCCCCCGUGACCCCCGCAUGGAUGCCCACAACAUCAUCCUGUACCCCCUCAACACCGAGAGCGCCAUGAAGAAGAUCGAGGAGAACAACACCCUCGUCUUCAUCGUCGAUGUCAAGGCCAACAAGCGCCAGAUCAAGCAGGCUCUUAAGAAGCUGUACGACGUUGACACCGUCAAGGUCAACACCCUCGUCCGCCCCGACGGCUCCAAGAAGGCUUACGCCCGUCUUACGCCCGACGUUGAUGCUCUGGACAUUGCCGCCACCAAGCUGGCCAUCGUCUAA